UGAGCUAUAUGGGAAGAUGGCAUCUGAGGACCUAAGCCAACAUUCCUCUGCAGAGAAGAUGGAGCCUCAGAUAACUGGGGAUAGAACUGCAGAUGUUAGAUCGGUGAGCAACUCUUGCUUCUACUUCAAUCCUGAUGCCUGCUCUCCAGGAGUACGUUUCCCCUCGGAGUGUCUCCCAGAGCUACAGAGGCAGAGACAGCUUUUGUGGGAUGCAGCUGCUUUUCUGCUCUCAAAUCAGAUCCCUGCAGUGCUGAGGGACUGUCUCAACCAUUCAGCCGUCCCAAUGGAUGGAGUGACUCUGACCUCAGCGAUCCAUCGGCGAGGUGUGAAUGUGCGAUAUCUGGGCGCCAUACUGAUGGAGCUGGACAAGGUGGAGGAGAAGGAGAGACUCAACCAUGUAAAGAGAAUUUCCAUCAGUGAAGUCAUCAUCAGAAGUGCAAAACACAUCUUCAGGACCUACCUCAAGGGUGUGGAGCCUGCAGCUUUUUCUGUAGCUGUCAGUCACUUCUUAAACUGCCUCCUGAGUUCGUCCUCUUCUGCACCUGAGUCCUGCACAGAAGAGCUCCCAUCCCGUCGCAGGAGUCGCCGGCGGAGAAGCCAGAGCAACAGAGCCAACUUUUCAGCAAAGACCAUGUGGGCAAGACUGACCUCUGAUGAGUUAUGGAGCAGAAUCAAGAAUGAGGCGCAAGAUUAUUACCACUACACUUUUAAAAGUGAAAGUUUAGACGAAGUAAUAGAAAAACACAACCUUCAGAGAAUCUCACUUUUGAGAGAGAUGGCCAUCAAGACUGGCAUUCAGAUGCAGCUUAGAGAUUAUGUGUUUGAGUGUCGACACAAACCAGCAUUUAGUGAGGAGGAUAUUGUGAACAUGUUUCCUGUGAUCAAACACCUCAAAUCUUCUUCAGCUCAUGCUACAGAACUUUUACAGCGAGCACAGCUGGCAGUACAGCAGGGGCGUCUCAGAGCAGGUCUAGACUUGACCAGUGAGGCCCUGACUCUUUUCAGCAGUGUUUGUGGGGUCCUGCACGAGGACGUUUCCAUUUGUCUGCGCCUCCUAGGACGGCUCAGUUACAUCUUAGGAGAGAAUGAUGACGCUCUCAACCUUCAGGAAAAAGCUGCUUUGAGUUCUGAGAGAAUACACGGGAUAGACCAUCCACAGACCAUACAAGACUAUACUCACCUGGCCCUGUACUGCUUUGCCGGAGGACGCCUUCCAACAUCCCUUCAGUUGCUCUAUCGUUCUCGAUACCUCACCCUGCUUGUAAUUGGAGAAGAUCAUCCACAAAAUGCGCUUCUGAAU